AUGUAUUUACGAAGAAGUACCACUUUGAAAUACCUCGUAGCGGCUCCAUUAGCUGUAGCAUUUUAUUGUGAAUGGCUUGUAUAUGUUGUACAGCCUCUUUUUUGGCAAGAGCUUGUAUGCAGUCAACCCUCGAAAUGUACAAAGAUACUGUUUAUAGCAGAUCCCCAAAUACAGGGAGAACAAGCUGUACCUCCGCCUUUGAGUUCACUUUUCAAUUGGGAUAGUGAUAGGUAUCUAAGGUCAACAUUUUCAGUAGCAAUAAGACAUUUCAAUCCAGACGCUCUAGUAUACCUAGGUGACUUAAUGGAUGAAGGCUCUAUCUCCACUAUGGCAGAGUUCCAUGGCUAUGUGAAAAGGCUCGCUAAUAUAUUUAAUGUUUACUAUCCAAUUGCGCAAAUAUGGCUUCCUGGUGACAAUGACAUAGGUGGUGAAAAUGAACCUAUAAGACAUGAUAAAGUUGUAGAAUUUAAUAAUGUUUUCAAUCAGCAAUCUGUAAUAAGUUUCAAAAAUAUCACUUUCUACAAAAUAAAUUCAGUUAUGUAUAAAGUGCCUACAGGACCAGACGACCCAGACUUAAAUGUAAAAAUAGGUGUUUCACAUUAUCCUGUUGCUUCAAAGGGUUUCUUUGGAAGACAGGUUAACAAAGCAAUACAUGCUGAUAUAUAUUUUUGUGGACACGAACAUUUAUCAAAAUAUGUACGCCAAAAGAAGAACUUUGAGUCUAAAGAAACAUUUUCAUUAAAAUCUAAUGACCCAGUAUUGAAUAUUCAGUUGGAUGAUGAUUGGCUGUACGAGAUAUUUGUGCCUACAUGCUCCUACAGGAUGGGAACUAGUAAAAUUGGAUAUGGAGCUGCUGUUGUUGAAAAUCAGAACGUGAAAUAUACUGUAUUUUGGUCUUCACAAAGGUUCCCCCAUUUAUUUGCCUAUUUAUUUAUAUUAAUAAUAAUAUUGUUUUAUAUUUGUGUCUUUGGUUGUGUACGCUUGCUCUCUAGACAGAUAGUAGCCAAGAGCGAUGAUAUUCUACCUCUUCUACAUCGAUCA